AUGGCAAGGGAAAAUGGCAACGAGAGUCUGGCUAGAUAUAUGAUAGCUGAGUCGUUUCGUCUGACUGGUGUUGACAGGGUGUAUGGGUGGGGUGCACUUCAUAUGGCAGUAAAGGAUAAGGACGAGGGGCUAGUGGGAGAGCUAUUGGGGAAAGGUGUGGACGUUAAUGCGCAGGACAACAACGGUAGAACUCCACUUCAUCUGGCGGUAAACGAUGAGGAAGUAUCCACUGUCAUAGUGAUGCUUCUGAUCAAGAACAGUGCCAAAGUCUCUGCGAAGGAUUAUCGCGGUAAAACACCCCUCCAUCUUGCGACACACCAGUUUUCUCUCUCGGCCGUGAGGAUCUUACUACAUGCAGGGGCAGAUGUCAACGCGAAGGAUAGACAUGGGAAUGGGCCUUUGGAAAUUGCGCAAAAACUGGCGUAUACGGAUCCGGAGAAUUAUCAGGAUAUUUCUUCGAUAUUGACCUAUGGUGGUGCUAUUCCAAGCAGAGAUGGACAUUAUGUGUCUUCAGUCGGGGUUAUUCCAUGA